CCUAUUUUGGCCAUUCUUCUGCCUGCUGUGGAGCGACUUCUUGAGCAGUGUGCACCAGAUUCAUGCACCUUCCUGCCAGAUGAGGCCCACCUACUGAAGCUCCUGCUGAGCAAGUUCAAUGAGACGUCUGCCCCUUUACUGGUCAAAGACCCUCGGUGCCUAGAGAUCUUCAUUAGGGCACUGGGCACCUCAGCCAAACCAUACCCUACUAUGCCUAGUUUCCAGAUUAUUGCCCUCGAGCAGAUCACCAAGCCAUUCUUCACUGCUCUUGGAGAUGAAAAAAUUCAACAGAAAAUUCUUUCAGUUCUAUUUGACUUGCUGGUGGGGAACAAAAACCCUGCCUGUGCCCAAACUAUCAGCAGCGUCUUUAAAAUGAUUGCUGUGGAUGCUGAGCUAGUGGCCAAUGAGCUUAUGCCUGUAGAUAAACAAAGAGUUACUGCUACAGUUCAGCAAACACGCAGGAGUAAAAUGCAAAUGAGAAAAACACAAGACUCAUCCGGGGCAGUGUCGGAGGAGGGUGUUGUCUCUUGGCCAAGGGUCACCCUGAUUUUAGAGCUGCUGCAACACAAGAAGAAGCUGAAGAGAGCCCAGUGUCUUGUGCCUGCUCUGUUUAAUCUGCUCUCCAGAUGUCUGGAGCCUGCAGCAGUUGAACAGGAAAAUAUAGAGUACAUAAAACAACUCAUCCUCAGCUGCCUGCUGAAUGUCUGUCAGAAACUGUGUCCUGAUGGAGGUCCUAUCGGCAAAGAUGAGCUGGAGGAGGAUAAAUUUAACGUGGAGCUGGUAGUGCAGUGCGUCAGGAUGUCAAACAUGCCCCAAACUCACCAUCAUGCACUUCUUCUGCUCGGUGCUUUGGCGGGUAUAUUCCCUGAGAAGGUUCUUCACAACAUCAUGCCCAUCUUCACGUUCAUGGGCGCCAACAUCAUGCGACUAGAUGAUGCUUACAGCUUCCAGGUCAUCAACAAGACUGUUCAGGCAGUUAUCCCUGCUCUUAUAAAGGCCCAUGAUGGUGGAAGUGCCCAGUCUGAGGGGCAUAUGGAGACUGUGGUAACACAAAUCAUGCACGUGUUUGUUGAUGCCCUGCCUCAUGUGCCCGAGCACCGACGUUUACCCAUCCUCAGCCAGCUGCUGGGCACGCUGAGCCCGUCUCGCUUCCUCUGGGUCCUGAUGCUGCUCCUGUUUAAGCAGCAUGUCACACAAACAUCUGUCAGUGCAACUGGGGCUGAAAAGGAGUCUAUUGUAGAGACAGAUCAGGACUUCUGGAUCUCGGUGUUCUGUGAGUUUGAGAUAAAGGAGCAGCUGACCUCCCUCAUCAGAAUUCUGCAGUAUCUCAUGACUUUACCACAGGACAAUGAAGACGCUCCAGAGAAAAAAAGGACCCGUGGAAGAAGUGUGGCGAAGAAGGAAGAAACCGUCUCUGAUCUCAUUUUCAAUGUGGAAGUGCAUAGUGGCAAAGACCUCCGCCAUUUUAAAUUCCUCUCUGUCUCGUUCAUGGCUCAGCUACUCUCCUCUGAGAGAUUCAUUGGAAAGAUGUCUGACUGCGAGGACCUGACAGAAGGCACCUUACAGACUCUUCAGCACGAUUUGCUGGAGGAGGUUCUCUACAUCCAUGCAGUUGCUCGAUGUGUUGAGGAUAACUCGGAUAAACCCACGGCUAAAUUCUGGAGAGCUCUGCUCAGCAAGUCCUAUGACACCCUGGACAAGGUUAAUGCCCUGCUGCCCAUGGAUACCUUCAUUAUGGUAACGAGAGGACUGAUGGGUAAUCAGUUAGCGUCAGUAAGAAGGAAGGCCAUGGAGUUACUCAAUAACAAACUACAGCAGCGGACACGCUGGCGGGAGGAACAGAUUACUGUACUUCUGGAGCUCAUUGGCAACCUCCUGAACACCGUUGGUGGGAGACACGGACAGGUCACGGCACAGGUAGAGGAAGAGUUGGCUAUCAAUCGACAGACGGCCCUUUACAGCCUCAAGCUUCUGUGCCGUAAUUUUGGCACUGGCCACCAGGAGGCAUUUAUACCAGUGCUGAGCAAAGCAGUGGAGCUGAUUGCUAAUAAAGACGAGGAGAAGAACGUCGUGGGAAGUGCUCUUCUGUGUGUUGCGGAAGUUACCAGCACACUGAAAGCCCACGCUAUACCACAGUUACACAGGCUGAUGCCUGUAGUGCUAGAUACUCUAAAGGAGAGGAAGGACCUGCUGAACAAUGAAAUCUACCUGCUGAGUGCCGUCACAGCUCUACAGCGCGUAUCAGAGACGCUAACACACUUUCUCAGCCCCUACCUUCAGGACAUUAUCUCUCAGGUCACCCGUUUAACUCUGCUAGCCGAGAAACUGACAUCUUGCCCUCAGUUGUCUGUACGUCUCGCCUCUCUCAGCUCCACUCUUGCCACGAAAGUGCCUCCCAGGGUCCUCAUUCCCACAAUCACAAAAUGCUACUGCGACAUGGUGUAUGUUCAUCAGAAACGUCUUGGUCCACUGAUGACCAUCCUGAAGGAACAUAUCUCUCACAUGGAGAAAGACCAACUCAACAACCACCAGUCAGAGCUCACUUCCUUUUUCCUGUCUGCUCUUGAUUUCCGUAGCCAGCAUUGCCAGGGAGAUCUAAAGAAGACUGGUGAAAUCGAGGGAAGUGUGAUUGACUGUCUGCUAGUGAUGGUUAUGAAACUUUCAGAAGUCACUUUCAGACCUCUAUUCUUCAAGUUGUUUGACUGGUCAAAGAUUGCUGGCGCUUCUAAAGACCGGCUGUUGACGUUCUACAGACUGACAGACCGUAUCGCAGACAAACUCAAAGGACUGUUUGUGUUGUUUGCUGGACAGCUGGUCAAACCCUUUUCUGAUCUACUGCAGCAGCUCAACAUUUCACACACAGAAAAAGCCUUCUUUGAUUCAGGUGAUGACGAGGAUUCAGACGACGAUGAUGAUUCAGACGGUGAUAACGUGACUAAGAGUAGCCAGCUGCUGCAGUAUGUGUUGGACUGCCUCCACAAGAUCUUCCUCUAUGACACUCAGCGCUUCCUCAGUAAGGAAAGGGCUGAUGCUCUGCUGGGACCCCUGGUGGAUCAGUUGGAGAACAUGCUAGGAGGAGAUGAGAUCUACAAGACCCACAUUACCAAACAUUUGGUGCCUUGUAUCGCCCAGUUUGCUAUCGCCAUGGGAGACGACUCGCAGUGGAAAGUUCUCAAUUAUCAGGUUCUGCUUAAGAUGCGUCACAGUUCACCUAAGGUGCGUUUCUCUGCACUUGUCAUGUUGCUGGAGUUGGCAAGCAAGCUGAAGGAGAACUAUAUGGUUCUUCUGCCAGAGACCAUCCCCUUCCUGGCUGAGCUCAUGGAGGAUGAAUGUGAGGAAGUUGAGCACCAGGUGCAGAAGGUUAUUCAUGAAAUGGAGUCUGUCCUCGGAGAAUCACUGCAGAGCUACUUUUAGAGUCCCACGACUUUCACACCAUCACAGACGCUUCUCACACCCUCUGAGUGUGUGUUCAUUAUUCUUGCAUAAUAUUUACUGAUGACCUGUGCUGCUAGAACAUGGGUCAGUCUGCCCUCCGGUUCCACUGCACACUUUAUCACCGCUCUGGCGGCUUGGCCUGUCCUACCUUUGACUUCUGCGUGGGCAGUUUGGGGCACAGGUCAAUGUAAAAUGUGUGGCUUUUUGCAAGCCAUAAAUCACUGGAUACCACAUUUCUUUCUAAGGUUAUACAAAAAAAUGACGUUAAUGUUUUUUAAAAGAAUGGUUUUAUGGCAUUUUGUAAUGCAAAUUGAUCUUUAUCUAAAAUUUGAAUAUCAUAAAAAGAUGAGCCUGGGAAAUUAUGCAUUUGUGUUUGAUUAAAGUGGGGGAAAAAACAUGGGUUCAAUGAAAGUUCAGAUUAACCAUACGGUUUUAAUGGGUUACAUAUUUGAUAUCUCUACCAUGCAUACAUUUUCAGAUAAAAGCUGCCUGUUCACUGUGGUUCUGUCUUUCUGGAGCACCUGUGAAUUUAAUGUGCCUCAUAUACUUACAUAAUGAUUCUGCAUGUUAUUGUAAAACUAAAAAAUAAACCAUGACUUCAAA